AACCAACUCUUUGAAAUAACGAACCCCAACUUCGUUUCCAUCGCCGCCCUCGGCGCAAUCCGGAGUUCCGGACCUCCCGAGGCUCCCCCUGACACGCGCCCUCGCCCAUUUAUGUACUCUGCAAAAAUUCCUCCUCCCCGACCAUUUCGUUCCUGGCUUCACUCCUCUCUUCUUCUCCUUUCUUCGCAUUCGGUUCGGGCACCUGCGAGCUCUCGCCGGGAUCUCUCAUGGCCGCCGUCGCCGGAUCGAGCGUUGCUGCUCUCGCCUCAUGCCGUGUCGCCAGCCGGCCCGAGAGCUCCGGUGGUCGGAUGCUCGGGUUCCCGCAGCAGAGCGUGAACCCGGCUCUCGGCGGAGGCCGAUCGAGUCAGCUCCGGAGCCUGCCGUCUCUUCGCUGCCGGAGCGGGAGCUUGAUUGCCGGUGUAAGAGCUCAGGUUGCCACUGUCGAAAAAGUGAGCACAGAAGGUGCUCAAAACGUAGAAUCGCCGGUCGUGAUAGUUACCGGCGCCUCCAGGGGUAUUGGUAAAGCCGUUGCAUUAUCACUGGGUAAAGCAGGUUGCAAGGUCCUAGUAAAUUAUGCCAGAUCAUCGAAGGAAGCCGAUGAAGUGGUCAAAGAGAUAGAGGCAUGUGGUGGUCAAGCUCUUACUUUUGGUGGGGAUGUUUCAAAAGAGGCUGAUGUCGAAGCUAUGAUUAAGACUGCGGUGGAUGCAUGGGGAACUGUGGAUGUAUUGAUAAACAAUGCAGGGAUCACUCGGGAUGGGUUACUGAUGAGAAUGAAGAUAGCCCAAUGGCAGGAGGUCAUUGAUCUGAAUCUGACUGGUGUUUUCCUCUGCACUCAGGCAGCAGCUAAAAUUAUGAUGAAGAAAAGAAAGGGAAGGAUAGUAAACAUUGCAUCAGUUGUUGGCCUUGUGGGUAAUGUUGGGCAGGCCAACUACAGUGCUGCAAAAGCGGGGGUUAUUGGCCUAACAAAGACUGUAGCAAGAGAAUAUGCAGGCCGAAACAUCAAUGUUAAUGCUAUCGCUCCAGGGUUCAUUGCAUCUGAUAUGACUGCCAAACUUGGGGAAGAAAUGGAAAAGAAAAUCUUGGAGACAAUUCCUUUAGGAAGGUAUGGAAAGCCAGAAGAAGUUGCUGGACUGGUGGAAUUUCUGGCCAUCAAUCCUGCAGCCAGCUACAUUACGGGACAGGUCUUCACGAUAGAUGGUGGAAUGGUCAUGUAGAGUAUUAUACCUGCUUUGUUGAAGCCUGAAUAGAACUUAUAAUUGCAGAGCAUAGCCUACAUGGCAGGGAUUCACAUGUGACCAGUGGUAUGACAUUUGAGCCCAUGUUGAAAACUUAUAAUUCCUUAGGAUGGGCAAUAAUGAGGUUUUUGAGGCGAGAAUUGAGAUUAUCAGCUUCAACUGAUCACACAGAACCAUUUGUCAUGUUUGACAUACUUGUUCAUGAAAUACCAUUGUAUGGUCAUUUUUAGCUCGAUCAGGAAGGUGAAAUUUGCUGUCUUGAAUUACAAGUCUAGGGAAUUUGUUCGUCUUCUCCUUCAACCCCAAA